AUGAAGCAGCUACACCCUCACUCUGAGUACAGUCUCUCCGUGUACAGCGAUCCAGGAGCAAGCGCCUCCCCCGAUCGUCCUGGAACCCCAAGUUCAUUCGAGUGUUACAUCACGCUUGAAGGCGGCCGUAGCUCAGCCGCGGAGACGUCGCCUUCAUCUCUCCAGGCCGCGAAACACGAGCGACUCACCGACGGAGAAGAGUACCGGAGGGCCGUGUAUAAUGCAUCCUUCCUUCAGGCUGAGAAUGGAUGGCUGCGUCGAGCACGGACGGCAGGAAUCGCACUGCACGAAGGAACUGUCGUCCCCGCCAUGGAGUCUCUUGAUCAUGGGUCGGACGAGAUCCAUGAUGCCCUUACGCAGUUCCACAUCGCAUUUGCGGCCGUCGAACACGCCCUACUACUGUUUCCGUCCCCGGCAACAUCGGACCUUGAAGCUACUCUGCAGGAGCUCAUUCCCGCUUUUGAAACCUGUCGCAAAGGUCUGGACAAAGUAAAGACCGCUUGCAAAGCGCUAGAGAAAGGAGGCAGGGAUUUCUCGAUUCAGCUCAGCGAGUCAAAUCGAAGCUAUGAGAGGUUUUUUGGGAUAGGAUUUCAGGAGGAAACUGUAACAGCUGGCUCUAACACGGUGGACAUGUGA